CAUCAACCUGAUUUGGAUGAGUUUGAGCUCCAGGUUGAGGCCCAGACACCCAGAAUUUGGGUGCUGCAGUGUCAGAGCCCUCCUCAGCAAAGCUCUUCAUGCAGAAGUCAGUGCCUGGUGCUGGCUUUUACACCAAUUCUCACAAAUCAUUUUUCUUACCUUGUCCAUGUGUUAACUACUGACUUUUGUUAAUGACCAGGAGAAGAACAUGCUGAAAUUUAACAGUUUUUAAAGCAGCUCACAUGACAACACCCAUUUCCUAUAUUCACUCUUCAGAACUACUAGUGAAUCCCUCUUUCCCAUGCUAUCAGCACUGUACUGGCAUGUUUGCCAGCCCCAGUGCUCUGGUAUACGUAACACUGUGUUUUUUGGACUGUGUGAAUGUGUUUAAGGUAUCUUUGAUGAGAUGUGAGGAAUGUAUCAGGCACAGAGAAUCUGGAAUGUCUAAUUAUUUCUAGAGCUGUGACUGACUAGAGGGAUUUUUCUGUGAACUGUAGGUAGGAAAAAACUGUGGGAGUCUUUUCUAGAUAAAUUAUCUUUCCUUGGGUUAUAGGUAUGGAGAUACCCGGAUAAGAUAAAAUGUUUUCAGCAAAAGAAUGGAGCAUCUCUUGCUCACUGGCACUGAUCUGCAGAUCAGAAGUCUCGAGAGGUUAUAACUUCUCUCACAGCACGCAUUGGUGCACAAGGUCACAACAACAAAUGCACAUGCCUCUGCGUGUGUGUGCUCCUUCUGAUAUCUCUGAAGUUGCCUCACAUUGCUCUCAGAGGAAUCAGCUUAAAAAUCCAGUUAGAACCCAAUCUCUCACUUACUGCAGCUUUUGCCUGAUCUUCCUGCUGUACUUGUAGCACUUGUGUUGUACAUCCGCAUUUUUGCUUUCAGGAUUUUACCAUCACAACUGCCAAUUUCUCUUUCAACAUCCUGUUCUAUCUAUUGUACAGCUGGGGUAGCUGCAGCACACACAUACCAAGCGAUCCACUCUGGGUCAUACAGUGAGUCGGUGGGAAAGCCAGCAAUAGAAUCCAUAAGUCCCGCAUCCAAGUUCUCUAAGUGCCUUGACUAGUCCAGAUUCCCUCCUUAACACCCUUGUCAAAUUGUUUAUAGGAGAUGUAUUCAUAUAGUCCGUAAGACAUCAAAAUUUUCUAAUUAUAUCUAGUCAUGUCAAAUGACAAUUAUGCCCUUAGUUCAGUUUGCCAGACAAUGCUUUACCAAAGAAGGCUUGCCAAAAAUUUUUUGACCGAAGAAAGAGUAGGCAUCUGUAGCAUCUGCAGAUGAGAUCGUAUAAAAUGUCCCUGCAGCAAGAGUGCCCUGUCUCCACGGAAAGCUCCAAGGUAAGUGGAUGGGGUCCGCAGCCAUGCAGGAGUCUUUCUGUGUUACAGCAUUCCUCUGCCUCCAGUGCUCGUUUCCAGGAGGAAGCUCAAUUCCUCAGCUCGAGUUUUAAAUCUGCUUUCAAGACACCUGCACAUUUUCACUCUGGAAUUCUGUGCCAAGUAGGAACUUGCCAUUUCUGUUUUGCAGCACUGACCAGCUGCCAGGCUGUGAGCCACCCAUCUGGUAUCACGAGAGAAUAUUCUGCUAAGGUGCCUUCAGUGAAGAGCAGCCAUGGCUUCUUCAGAUGCUGAGAUGGCUGUCUUUGGAGAGGCAGCUCCCUACCUCCGAAAGUCAGAGAAGGAAAGAAUCGAGGCCCAGAACAAGCCUUUUGAUGCCAAGUCAUCUGUCUUUGUGGCCCAUCCAAAGGAAUCCUUUGUGAAAGGGACAAUCCAAAGCAGGGAAACAGGGAAGGUCACUGUCAAGACUGAAGCUGGAGAGACUCUGACCGUGAAGGAAGAUCAGGUCUUCUCCAUGAACCCUCCCAAGUACGAUAAAAUUGAGGACAUGGCCAUGAUGACCCACCUCCACGAACCCGCUGUGCUGUACAACCUCAAAGAGCGUUAUGCAGCCUGGAUGAUCUACACCUACUCGGGCCUCUUCUGUGUCACUGUCAACCCCUACAAGUGGCUGCCGGUGUACAACCCGGAGGUGGUGUUGGCCUACCGAGGCAAAAAGCGCCAGGAGGCCCCUCCACACAUCUUCUCCAUCUCUGACAACGCCUAUCAGUUCAUGCUGACUGACCGCGAGAAUCAGUCGAUCCUGAUCACCGGAGAAUCCGGUGCAGGGAAGACUGUGAACACGAAACGUGUCAUCCAGUACUUUGCAACAAUUGCAGCUAGUGGGGAGAAGAAGAAAGAGGAGCAGUCUGGAAAAAUGCAGGGAACGCUUGAGGAUCAAAUCAUCAGUGCCAACCCUCUGCUGGAGGCCUUUGGAAAUGCCAAGACUGUGAGGAAUGACAACUCCUCACGCUUUGGUAAAUUCAUCAGAAUCCAUUUUGGGGCCACAGGCAAACUGGCUUCUGCUGACAUUGAAACUUAUCUGCUGGAAAAGUCCAGAGUUACUUUCCAGCUCAAGGCAGAAAGAAGCUACCACAUUUUUUAUCAGGUCACCUCCAACAAGAAGCCAGAGCUAAUUGAAAUGCUCCUUAUUACCACCAACCCGUAUGACUACCCUUUUGUGAGUCAAGGUGAGAUCACUGUCCCCAGCAUUGAUGACAAGGAGGAGCUGAUGGCUACAGAUAGUGCCAUUGACAUCCUGGGCUUCACUGCUGAUGAAAAGACUGCCAUCUACAAGCUGACAGGGGCUGUCAUGCAUUAUGGGAACUUGAAGUUUAAGCAGAAACAGCGAGAGGAGCAGGCAGAGCCAGAUGGCACAGAAGUGGCUGACAAGGCUGCCUACCUGAUGGGCCUGAAUUCAGCUGAUAUGCUCAAGGCACUGUGCUACCCUCGAGUCAAAGUUGGGAAUGAGUAUGUGACCAAAGGUCAAACUGUGCAGCAGGUGCACAAUGCUGUAGGUGCUCUGGCAAAGGCUGUCUAUGAGAGGAUGUUCCUGUGGAUGGUUGUUCGCAUCAACCAGCAGCUGGACACCAAGCAGCCCAGGCAGUACUUCAUUGGUGUCCUGGACAUCGCUGGCUUUGAGAUCUUUGAUUUCAACAGCUUUGAGCAGCUGUGCAUCAACUUCACCAAUGAGAAACUGCAACAGUUUUUCAACCACCACAUGUUUGUGCUGGAACAAGAGGAGUACAAGAAGGAAGGCAUUGAAUGGACAUUCAUUGACUUUGGGAUGGACCUGGCUGCCUGCAUUGAGCUCAUUGAGAAGCCCAUGGGCAUCUUCUCCAUCCUGGAAGAGGAGUGCAUGUUCCCCAAGGCAACUGACACUUCUUUCAAGAACAAGCUUUAUGACCAGCAUCUGGGCAAGUCCAGCAACUUCCAGAAGCCCAAGCCUACCAAAGGAAAGGUUGAGGCCCACUUCUCCCUCAUACACUAUGCUGGAACAGUGGACUACAACAUCACUGGUUGGCUUGAGAAGAACAAGGACCCCCUGAACGAAACUGUCAUUGGGUUGUACCAGAAAUCUUCACUGAAAACUUUGGCCUUACUGUUUGCCAACUAUGGGGGAGCAGAAGCAGACGCUAGUGGUGGAGGCAAGAAAGGUGGCAAGAAGAAGGGUUCUUCUUUCCAGACUGUCUCAGCUCUUUUCCGGGAGAACUUAAACAAGCUGAUGACCAAUCUGAGAAGCACCCACCCCCAUUUUGUACGCUGUAUUAUCCCAAAUGAAACAAAAACGCCUGGUGCCAUGGAGCAUGAGCUGGUUCUGCACCAGCUGAGGUGUAACGGCGUGCUGGAAGGGAUCAGAAUUUGCAGGAAAGGAUUCCCCAACAGAGUCCUGUAUGCAGAUUUUAAACAGAGAUAUAAAGUACUAAAUGCAAGCGCUAUUCCAGAGGGACAGUUCAUUGACAGCAAGAAGGCUUGUGAGAAACUUCUUGGAUCGAUUGAUAUAGAUCACACUCAGUAUAAAUUUGGUCACACCAAGGUGUUCUUCAAAGCUGGGCUGGUUGGCCUUCUGGAGGAGAUGAGGGAUGAGAAACUGGCACAACUCAUCACUCGCACACAGGCCAGGUGCAGGGGUUUCCUGAUGAGAGUGGAGUACCAGAAAAUGGUGGAGAGGAGAGAGUCCAUCUUCUGCAUCCAGUACAACAUUCGUGCAUUCAUGAAUGUCAAGCACUGGCCCUGGAUGAAGCUGUUCUUCAAGAUCAAGCCCCUGCUGAAGAGUGCAGAGUCUGAGAAGGAGAUGGCAAACAUGAAACAAGAGUUUGAGAAGACCAAGGAAGAGCUUGCAAAGUCUGAGGCAAAGAGAAAGGAGCUGGAGGAGAAAAUGGUGAAGCUGGUGCAGGAGAAAAAUGACCUGCAGCUCCAAGUACAGGCUGAAGCUGAUGCAUUGGCUGAUGCUGAAGAAAGAUGUGACCAGCUCAUCAAAACCAAAAUCCAGCUGGAAGCCAAAGUAAAGGAGGUGACAGAACGAGCUGAGGAUGAGGAGGAAAUUAAUGCUGAGUUGACAGCCAAGAAGAGGAAACUGGAGGAUGAAUGCUCAGAGCUGAAGAAAGAUAUAGAUGACCUGGAGUUAACGUUGGCCAAGGUUGAGAAGGAAAAGCAUGCCACUGAGAACAAGGUGAAAAACCUCACAGAGGAGAUGGCAGCCCUGGAUGAGACCAUUGUGAAGCUGACAAAAGAGAAGAAAGCCCUCCAAGAGGCCCAUCAGCAGACACUGGAUGACCUGCAGGCUGAAGAGGACAAAGUCAAUACGCUGACCAAAGCUAAAACCAAGCUGGAGCAGCAAGUGGACGAUCUGGAAGGGUCCCUGGAGCAAGAGAAGAAGCUGCGCAUGGACCUUGAGAGAGCAAAGAGGAAACUUGAAGGAGACCUGAAGUUGGCCCAUGAUAGCAUAAUGGAUUUGGAAAAUGAUAAGCAGCAGCUGGAUGAGAAACUGAAGAAGAAAGACUUUGAAAUCAGCCAAAUCCAGAGCAAAAUUGAGGAUGAACAACUUCUGGGCAUGCAGUUACAGAAGAAAAUUAAAGAGUUGCAGGCCCGUAUUGAGGAACUGGAGGAGGAAAUCGAGGCAGAGCGAACCUCUCGGGCCAAAGCAGAGAAGCACCGAGCUGACCUCUCCAGGGAGCUGGAGGAGAUCAGUGAGCGCCUGGAGGAAGCAGGAGGGGCUACGGCAGCUCAGAUUGAGAUGAACAAGAAGCGUGAGGCAGAAUUUCAGAAGAUGCGCCGUGACCUGGAAGAGGCCACGCUGCAGCACGAAGCCACGGCUGCCGCCCUGCGGAAGAAGCAUGCGGACAGCACAGCGGAGCUUGGGGAGCAGAUCGACAACCUGCAACGAGUCAAGCAGAAGCUGGAGAAGGAGAAGAGUGAGCUGAAGAUGGAGAUUGAUGACUUGGCCAGCAACAUGGAGUCUGUCUCCAAAGCCAAGGCAAACCUGGAGAAGAUGUGCCGCACUUUGGAAGACCAACUGAGUGAAUUUAAAACAAAGGACGAGCAGAAUCUGCGCAUGAUCAGUGAUCUCAGUGCUCAAAGAGCUCGCCUGCAAACAGAAUCUGGUGAAUACGCACGCCAGGCGGAGGAAAAAGAUGGUUUAAUUUCUCAGCUGUCCAGAGGGAAACAGGCCUUUACGCAACAGAUUGAAGAACUAAAGCGGCAACUAGAAGAAGAGAUAAAGGCCAAGAACGCCCUCGCCCACAGCUUGCAAUCUGCCCGCCACGACUGUGACUUGCUCCGGGAACAAUACGAGGAGGAGCAGGAAGCCAAGGGUGAGCUGCAGCGUGCCCUGUCCAAGGCCAACAGCGAAGUGGCCCAGUGGAGAACCAAAUAUGAGACGGACGCUAUUCAGCGCACAGAGGAGCUGGAGGAGGCCAAGAAGAAGCUGGCACAGCGCCUGCAGGAGGCAGAGGAACACGUUGAAGCCGUGAAUGCCAAAUGUGCUUCCCUGGAAAAGACAAAGCAGAGGCUGCAGAAUGAGGUGGAGGACCUGAUGAUCGACGUGGAGCGAGCAAAUGCUGCCUGCGCAGCUCUGGACAAGAAGCAGAAGAACUUUGACAAGAUCCUGGCGGAGUGGAAGCAGAAGUACGAGGAAACGCAGGCUGAGCUGGAGGCCUCCCAGAAGGAGUCUCGCUCCCUCAGCACAGAGCUGUUCAAGAUGAAGAAUGCUUAUGAGGAGUCCCUGGACCACCUGGAAACGCUGAAGCGUGAGAACAAGAACUUGCAGCAGGAGAUUUCUGACCUCACGGAGCAGAUUGCAGAGGGAGGAAAGGCGAUUCAUGAGCUGGAGAAAGUCAAGAAGCAGAUUGAGCAGGAGAAGUCUGAAAUCCAGGCUGCCUUGGAGGAAGCUGAGGCCUCCCUGGAACAUGAAGAGGGGAAGAUCCUGCGUCUCCAACUGGAGCUCAACCAGGUCAAGUCUGAGAUUGACAGGAAGAUAGCAGAGAAAGAUGAGGAAAUUGACCAGCUGAAGAGAAACCACCUCAGAAUUGUGGAGUCCUUGCAGAGCAGCCUGGAUGCUGAGAUCAGGAGCAGGAAUGAAGCCCUGCGGCUGAAGAAGAAGAUGGAGGGAGACCUGAAUGAAAUGGAGAUCCAGCUGAGCCAUGCCAACCGUGUUGCUGCAGAGGCACAAAAGAACCUGAGAAACACGCAGACAGUCUUGAAGGAUACCCAGAUACACUUGGACGAUGCUCUCAGGACUCAGGAGGACCUGAAGGAGCAGGUGGCCAUGGUGGAGCGCAGAGCAAACCUGCUGCAGGCUGAGAUUGAGGAGCUACGGGCAGCCCUGGAGCAGACGGAGCGCUCGAGGAAAGUGGCUGAGCAGGAGCUUCUGGAUGCAAGUGAGCGUGUGCAGCUCCUCCAUACCCAGAACACCAGCUUGAUCAACACCAAGAAGAAACUAGAAACAGACAUUGCCCAAAUCCAGAGCGAAAUGGAGGAUACCAUCCAGGAAGCCCGCAAUGCUGAAGAGAAGGCCAAGAAGGCCAUCACCGAUGCGGCCAUGAUGGCAGAAGAGCUGAAGAAGGAGCAGGACACCAGUGCCCACCUGGAGAGGAUGAAGAAGAACCUGGACCAGACGGUGAAGGACCUGCAGCUCCGUCUGGAUGAGGCAGAGCAGCUGGCCCUGAAGGGAGGCAAGAAGCAAAUCCAGAAGCUGGAGGCCAGGGUGCGGGAGCUGGAAGGGGAGGUUGAUGCUGAACAGAAGCGCAGCGCUGAAGCUGUGAAGGGUGUGCGCAAGUACGAGAGGAGGGUGAAGGAGCUGACCUACCAGUCUGAGGAAGACCGUAAGAAUAUUCUUAGACUCCAGGAUCUGGUGGACAAACUGCAGAUGAAGGUGAAAUCCUACAAGAGGCAAUCUGAGGAGGCUGAGGAGCUGUCCAACGUCAACCUCUCCAAGUUCCGCAAGAUCCAGCACGAGCUGGAGGAAGCCGAGGAGCGGGCUGACAUUGCAGAGUCACAGGUCAACAAGCUCCGAGCAAAGAGCCGGGAGUUCCAUAGGAGGAUUGAAGAGGAAGAGUGAGGAUGUCAUGAGGCAGCAAAGCAGCCUGAGGAGUGCACAAAAUGUGAACCCUCUGUCGCUUUCUUUUGCAAUGCCUUUGUAACCAUGUCAGUGUGUAGAGAAUAAAAACCAUAGAUUAAUAUGCAUAAGCACUACAAA